UUUGUGCUGGAACCUCCAAAAUCUCUCGCCUUUUCAAUUCUCACCGAGUUUCUCUGCUUGAUCUUCUCCUCGUAUAUUGUCCCUUCCAUGUAAAGAUUCCAUUUUGAAAAUACCCACAUGUUGUGUUUCUCUGUAUGCAAGUGUACCAAUAUCAUUAGCACAUAAAAAUUUGCAAUUUUAGCUUCUGGGGUGGCAAAUUUUCGAUCUAUAUAAUAUAUAUAUAUGUAUAUAUAUAUCGAAGCUUGAGUGAGGAUUAGUUGGUCGUUUUUGGUUAUAGCAUAUAGGUAUAGCAGCAACAGAGGGUGGUGGGUUUCUUGUUGGAGAAGGUGGUGGAGCUGAAAUUAUGAAGAAAGAUAAAUAAUUUUGAAUCAAUUUUGAGAGAUAAUGCUGUAUUUGAAGCAGCCUAUAGUUCAGGAAAUGAGUUUGCAUUUUUGGGUUGUGAGCUUUUUGCAUUGUGAGGAUUCUGAAUGUUGGUAAUUUGGCACUCCUUGAAUGAAAAUUUGGUAAUUUCCCUGAGCCUGAGGCUCGGGGGAUCUGAAUAUCACUAACAAAGUCAUGGCGUCGUCAGAGAAUGAACCUUUUCACUCUUCUUCUGCCUCUGACGAUACCCCUCCUCCUUCCCAUGUCUGUAUUCAGAAAUUUAGGCUAUAUGAGACUCAAUCGAACUUUUACAUGAUAGGAAGGAACAAGAGCAGGACAUAUUGGAGAGUACUAACUAUUGUCCGUCUAGAUCCUUCUGAGCUAAACUUGCGUGAAGACCCCGCCACAUAUACAGAAAGUGAAUGUUCUGAUCUUUUGAGGCGGAUACAUGAGGGAAACAAGUCCACAGGUGGACUGAAAUUUGUUACAACUUGUUAUGGAAUUGUUGGGUUCAUCAAAUUUUUGGGGCCUUACUACAUGCUGCUUAUCACGAAAAGAAGGAAAAUUGGUGCAAUCUGUGGCCAUACAGUAUAUGCUGUCUCAAGGAGUGAGAUGAUUCCAUUGCCAAAUACGUCAGUUUGGACCAACAUCAUCAAUUCAAAAAAUGAAAACAGGUACAAGAAACUCCUAUGCACGGUUGACCUUACAAAGGACUUCUUUUUCAGCUACUCAUACCACAUUAUGCGUAGUCUUCAAAGGAACUUGUGUGAUAAUGAGACAGGCCAUACCCUUUAUGAGACCAUGUUUGUCUGGAAUGAGUUCUUAACUCGAGGAAUUAGGAAUCACCUCCAGAAUAAUAUUUGGACAGUUGCAUUAGUGUAUGGCUUUUUUAAACAGGACACACUUAUGAUAUCUGGACGGGAGUUUAUACUUACGCUCAUUGCGAGACGAUCACGUCAUUAUGCUGGCACUAGAUAUUUGAGGCGAGGUGUUAAUGAGAAGGGGAGAGUAGCUAAUGAUGUUGAGACAGAACAAAUAGUUUUUGAGGAUGUUCCAGAAGGUCUUCCCAUCCAAAUAAGCUCUAUCAUCCAGAACCGUGGUUCAAUCCCGCUUUUCUGGUCACAGGAAACUUCACGUCUAAAUAUUAAACCAGAUAUCAUACUGUCAAGGAAGGAUCCGAAUUAUCAAGCCACCAGACUUCACUUUGAAAAUCUUGUCAAAAGAUAUGGGAAUCCUAUAAUAAUUUUGAAUUUAAUUAAGACCCAUGAGAAAAAGCCGCGUGAGUCCAUACUUUGUUCAGAGUUUGCUAAUGCCAUAGAUUUCAUUAAUAAAGAUUUAUCUGAGGAGAACAGACUUAGGUUCCUUCACUGGGAUUUGCACAAACAUUUUCAGAGCAAAGCUACAAAUGUGUUGCUGAUUCUACGCAGAGUGGCAUCAAAUGCGUUGACGUUAACAGGUUUUUUCUAUUGCCAAGUGACGCCAGACUUGAGACCAGAAGACUAUAUGAAUUGGCCACCUACAGACAAUAUUGAUAAGGGAAGCUUUUCGUCCACUAGACAUGUCAAUGAUGAUAAUGAGGAUUUUAAUAAUUUAGAGGGAAAACCAAGCGAAGGAAAUAUUAUUGCCAAAGAAAACAACGUUGUCAAUGAAAAGCAUUCUGUCAAACCACCCAUGUUGCAGAAGGGGGUGCUAAGGACCAAUUGCAUAGACUGCUUGGAUCGCACAAACGUUGCACAAUAUGCAUAUGGGUUGGCUGCUCUUGGCCACCAGCUCCAUGCCAUCGGAGUUAUUGACCGCCCUAUAGUUGAACUUGAUGAUCCUGUAGCUGAUGAUUUGAUGUUGUUUUAUGAGCGGAUGGGUGACAUACUUGCACAUCAGUAUGGUGGUUCUGCUGCUCACAACAAGAUAUUCUCUGAGAGGAGGGGCCAGUGGAGAGCUGCAACACAGUCUCAGGAGUUUUUUAGGACUCUUCAACGCUAUUACAGCAAUGCAUACAUGGAUGCUGAGAAGCAAGAUGCAAUUAAUGUAUUCCUGGGGCAUUUUCAGCCACAACAGGGUAAGCCCGCUCUAUGGGAAUUGGGUUCAGAUCAGCAAUAUGAUGCAGGAAGAAAUGGAGAGGACAAUACAAGGUUAAUUUUCAAAAGAUCCUUCUCAGAUGGAAACAUUCUUCGUGAAAGUUCUACACCUUUGUCAGCCCCAAAUGCCAAGCACGAAAAAUUCUCAAAUCCAGGUUUACCCAAUCGAUCAGAAGAAGGAAGUAAGGCUGCUUUUUGUGAGUCAUCACCUGAAAUAUCUACUACUGAGAGUGACACUUCAUUUUCAAGGUACACUCCCUCAAUGCCUCGUAGAGAGCUUUUCGGAGACAUGCAAAGAGAGCGCUGCCUGGAAAGUGAUAAUAUUUACUAUACCGAGUACCAGGAUUCCUUCAGCUGCUCCAAUUUUGUUGACCUGGAUUGGCUAUCUUCUUCAGGCAAUUCAUGUGAAGAAGAGCCAUGUGAUAGGUCAUCAAUUACCAACUCCCCAAUUGCUGGGCUUUCUUCAGAAAACGUUGUCAGUGGAGUGAUGGUCGGAGAAAUAACUCCCUCCACCAGUAAUGUGAGCGGUUCCAGCGUAAAGGGAAGUGAGCAAACUGAAUCAGAGUUAUCCUGCAGUAAUGGACAGUCCAAUGCUUCAGAUGAAUUUCCAGAUACUUUUGUACACUGGGUGACUAAUGGACAGACACUUUGCCAUUGAACUUUUGCACUAAUAUAUAAUUGACAUUUUUUUAGUUUGACUUGGCUUUGGUCUAAAGAUGCUGAUUAGAAGAAACUAGAGAGAGCUUGUGAUAAGGAAUGGAACAAGCAUUUGAGAUGGCUUCUCUUUAUGAUGCUACAAUCUAAGACGGAUCCUGCAACCAUUCUUGGUAGUGACAUGACAUGCAACAUUAAUGUCAAUCAAAUCCUGAAAGCAUAGUGUGGUUGUAAAAAUUCUUCACUGUCUUUCUUCUCUUUUUUUGGUUGUUGCUGUUUCCCUGGACUUCACUGUUUUCAUUCUUCUUUCACCAGUUAAAUAUUACUUACAGUGAAGUACACUUUUGUAAAUAUUGUUACCCUGCUUGUGGGAGCUCAACUUUUAGAGAU